AUGAGAGAGAGAAAAGUAGACUAUGGAUACAUGUAUGAGGGUGGUGCACAGAUUGUUAAAAGUGAUAAAAUGCCUCAUCUAUGGACAUCAAGUUGUAUUGACUAUCACUGACUUUUUCCUACAGCCUUUCUUUUCCUUUCUUUUCCCUAAAUAACAGUUUCCUUCAGAUAAACCAUAACAAGAAUUAGAUAUGUUUGCUUUUUGUCAUUUUCAUAACCUUACUUUGAUCAAAGUACACCAACAAUAAUCAACAUGUCACGUUAUAAGAGCAAAGAAUGUAGGAUAAUCACAUUUUUCCUGUUUGAAAGCACCUCUUAAAUCAUCAAAAAUAAAAGAAUAUUAUUCCUCAUGUUUGGCCUGAGUGUUCACAGCAACAUAUUAAAGCUAAACUUUGACUCUUAUAAAGUGGAACAAAUGCAGCAGUUGUUUGAAUUAACCCUUUCUAGUAUGUAAUCUUAUAACCGGUCCUCGGGUUUCAUGACAUUUAGAAAAGUUGAACAAAGAGUUCAUCCAGACCCACAGCAGGAGCUUAUCCAGCAAGUUCAGUCACCAUCACGCUCAAAAACAAAUGUGUGCCCCAAACAUCAGUGACAUUAGGGUCAAACACACCGUAACAUCGAGUUAAACACCCCGUCGAGAGAUUAGUUAUACCAACUUUAGUAACGACCGCACGAUAGCAAUACACAGCGGUCUGAGGAGGAACCAAAACACCACUCUAUAGCCACAAAUAAUGCUCAGAACAGCACCUAACUUCAUCAACAGUUCAUCUUGGGUCCUAGCCAUAGUACUGGCCAUUAAACAUCUUUUUAAUUUUGCCUAAUUUCUCUAGCAAAGAGACUAAACACAACUCACCUGCUCUCAUUCAGCAGCCAUUUGUUUGUAGCAAGACCUCGGGUCAGUCCAUUACGAACUACAGCAGGGUGACGCAGCUCAAGGAAGAACAUUUAUAAUCAGACCGAGAUGCUAAGGCAAAAGAACUACCGUGUCUGCAGAGCAAAAUGAUUAAUAUGGUGAUUAUUACUUCAAGGAAAUGAUAAAGUAAUGACCAUAAAUGUUCUUCCUUGAGCUGCGUCACCCCGCAGCGGUCUGUAAUUGCCUAGCCCGAGGUCUCGCUACAAACAAGUGGCUGCUGGAAGAGCGUAGGUGAGUUAAAGAAAUCAGGCAAAGCUAAAAAGAUGUUUGGUGGCUAGUACUAUAGCUAGGACCCUAUAUGUACUGUUGAUGAAGUUAGGUGCUGUUCUGAGCGUUAUUUGUGGCUAUAGAGUGGCGUUUUGGUUGAGGUUUGUUUGUGGCUCCUCAGACCGCUGUGUAUUGCUAUCCUGCGGUCGUUACCAAAGUUGGUAUAGCUAGAGAAGAGAAGCGGUCGGCAACAUUAAUCUCUCGAGGGGGUGUCUAACUCUGUGUUAUAGUGUGUUAAAUUUGACCCUGACCACUGAAAGCACAUAAUACAUGUUAACUCUUACAACAUAAGGGGAAAUUCAGGUCAAAAGAACUAUGUGACAUGAAAGUAAUUCUUCAAGUUUGUCUGCACCUCUGUGUGUUUUCAGGAGGAUGUGUGAUUCAUGAUCUACACUGCUCACCAACCAGUCUUGUUCUUUACUCUGCGAGGAGAAUAAGCGAAGGCGUGGCUACCUCCCAUAUGCUCUAACGUGAUUGGCCGGCUCUUGAAACCCUUCUGAAGUAGGCGGGACUUCAGGACUGCUUCUGUUUCCGGAAACUACCUAAACACAUACACACGUGUGAGAGAGGCUGACAUCAAACGUACACUGCUCUUUCCUGAAGACUUAGGUGAGUAAUAAAAACUGCUCCAUCUAGGAAUAACAACAUGGGACAAGUCUGCACGCCGUUAAAGACACUAACCUGUUAGCUUGUCGUUUUUGCGAGCAACAGCCUCGCCCCCCGUUAGCAGUGUUAGCUAGCAGCCUGUUAGAUGAUGACCAUGCAGGCGUGUUAGCGGCUCUGCUAACUGAGGAGAUGUCCCCAGGACUUCGUGUCAGUGUUCAGUGUCGAGUAGGAGUGGUCUGUAAGAGAAGUGCUCUCAUCCAAAGCUAGUCGUAACAUUUGCUUCUUAAACAGUAAGCCAUUAGUAUGAAAAGGCGAAGCUUGAAAUAACGCAUCACAAAGCGAUCUCUACUACUAUACCAAAGACAUGAGUAAUGCAGAUUUAAUUUCAGGUCACUCCACUUUGAUAAGUAAAUAUGAGCAUCCUUAGGCACUGUUGUUUUUGUAGUGUGUGUACCAGUGACCUAGACAUGCAAUUGAUGUUGGUAUUGGUUCUCGGCCACCGUAGUUGGGUACUCUUUGGGAUCUAUUCCAUAGCAUUGUGGGAACUCCUAUCUAUCAGAUUACAGCUAGUUAACCAAUACCAACAUCAAGUGCAUCUCUAGGUCACUGGUAACUUCCGUAGUGACUUCUUUUUUUGCAUUCUUUUUUAUUAUUUGCAGCAGUGGUUGUUCUCGGCCACCGUACCCAACAGGGUAUAUUUACAGAGACAUUUAGACUGACAGUUCAGUCAAGUCUGAAUAGGAAAUCUAAUUUGACUGGAUUGUGGGGUUUUUUUUCCUUAGGUUGGCUCUGAUGGCUGACUCAGAGCCCACCCCUGUCCCUGCUCAGGUCGGAGAAAAAAGAAGCUGUCCUGAGGGUGAAGAGAAAGACACGCCAUCCAAAAAACUCAGAGCUGAGAAGGAUAACAAGAAUGGAGACCCACCCCAACCGGACGAUGAGGAGGAGGCGCUUGAGGGAGACGCAAGUGAUGGAGAGGAGGAUGGGGAGACUUUUGCUGAUAUGAUGAAGCAUGGCCUCACUGAGGUGGAUGUUGGUAUCCUGAAGUACGUCAGUGACCACAAGGGCUUCUCAGGAAUCUUGAAGGAAAGGUACGUCCUACAGAGUCUGCAAAAACUGACUCAAAUCAUUUGUAAAUGAUUCAGUUGAGAUGUGAAACUGACGAUACCUUGUGUUUUCUCAGAUAUUCAGAUUUUGUGGUGCAUGAAAUCAACAAACAGGGCAAAAUCGUGCAUUUGGAUGACCUCUCCAUUCCUGCAGAGGUUGAGGUAAGAAAUAUGAAAUGGAUUUAACCAUCAGGGUUACUUUCCUGAACCAUGAUCUAAGUUUUCUUAAUUUACAAGAACAGACCGCACCUUGAUGUUUGAGGAGUAACAAUGAACAUUUAAGACAGAGUGUUAUUUCUUGUUUAAUCCACUUGUUCAUGAAACAUGGAGGUUGGGUAUCACUGAUAGUUUAAUUUUGUGCUUAAUGCAGGUCAAGUUACAGAAACUUUUGUAGAGAGAAAAUUCCUCCACUGUAUUCUCCUCUCUUGACGGAUAUUCUCAUCCUGUGUUGUACAGUUCAGAUAAUGCCUUCAACUGCCUCUACUGUUUGUUUGUUUUUUGUAAGGGAGCCUCAGAGGUUGAGGAACAGCCAGUUGAAUCUGAUGUGCUGACUGAAGAGCAGAAAAAGCAGCUUGGGGAGCUGCAACUCUUCAAGAAUAAAGAGGCCAAUGUCUCGAUUCAGGUGAGUCUUGGCCUUGUGCAGUCAGAGCUUUAUUGUGUGAAAGGUUAAUUGCUCAGAGCUCAGUCCCAAGCUUUAUCUUUAACACUCUGGGAGUCUUACAUGGAAAUGUUGCCCCUGUCUUUAACUGUGUAGGUGGUGGAUGACACGAAAGAGAAGCGGACUCUGGUUCACAAAGCCAUCAAGACUCAAUUUCCUGGACUGGAGACUAAAACUGAAGAGAAGGAAGGGUGCAAGUUUAUAGUGGCGUACCAUGCUGCUGGGAAGAAAGCCUUGGCAGGUAUGCAGAGAGGAGACAGAAACAGAGUUCAGCCGAAAAUGAUCUUGACCGAGUCCUUUACACACGUAUUCUUUAAAACUAUCAAAGAAUUUGUGCAUGUUUAGCUUCGGCUUUUCAACUGCAAUGCAUGUGGAGCCACAUGCAUUCCAGAGCAGUGAAAUAUGAUGCAUGCACUCCAGCAUGUGCAUGAUCAGGGUAUCUGCAUGGUUUAUUCAAAGUGGUUUAAGAUACCAGAUUUGGUAAAGGACUGACAUUGUUAUUCAGUGGAAUGCUUGGUUGUAGAUUUUUACUAAGCUUGAUCAGAAUUAAGCGUUAAAAAGAAAACAUCAUGGAAGAAGAGAUGUGUUGACUCAGAGUCUUGAAAUGUCCUUUACCCACACUACACCCCACUCACAGGCCAAUGCAUGCAGUCUCACCCCUGACAAACAGUCCCAUAGUCUUCAAACACUCUUUCUUAGUAACAUUAUUCUAUCCUCCUUUUGCUUUUCUCUGGUGGAUAGAGGUCAAAGCAGCUACAGGUAAGAAACUAUAUUCCACACAGCUCAGAUGAAGUGGUUUAAACCUACAAGGAGUUCAGUUAGAUUUUCUUUAACAGAAAUUAAGACAUGAUAGAAUUCAUUUUUCCUUUACCAGGAUAAAAAUAUGGAUAGAGAGCAUAGUUAUUAACCUUGGAAAACUACAAAGUCAUGAAUCUUCAAAGGGGUUUCAUCAUGGUAUUUGUGAAUAGUUUUACUAAAUGAGUUUUGCUGUGUGCUUCAAAGUAGCCGUCUUUUUCUGUGUUUACAAAAAGCUCCAAGGAAACACUUCUGGCCCAAAAACCGUGGCAGUUUCUGUCACUUUGUCCUGUACAAGGAGAACAAGGACACCAUGGAAGCCAUCAACGUGCUGUCAAAGUUCCUCAGGUCUGAAUGUAAAAUUCAGUUUUUCAUGGCUGACGGAUCGGCAGUUUUUUUGGCGAUUGUAAAAAUGAUGCUUGUCUUUCUAGGCUCAGACCCAACAUGUUUUCCUAUAUGGGGACCAAGGACAAGAGAGCCAUCACUGUGCAGGAGAUUGCAGUGCUCAAGUGAGGAAACCACAGUUUCAGUCUGAUUGAAUUCAGUCUCACAUCUGUAAAUAAUUUGGAAAUAGGUUGUGGAGUACACAUUUCAUCACAGCUGGGAGUAUUUUUGCAGGUGCUCAUCAGAUCUGAUCUUAAAGGAGUCUUUUCUCUGUCCUCCCAGGAUCACAGCAGAGAGGCUGUCUCACCUUAACAAGUGCCUCAUGAACCUCAAACUAGGAAACUUCAGCUAUAAAAACCACCCUCUGAAGCUGGGGGAGCUGCAGGGAAACCACUUCACUGUUGUCAUCAGGUCAGUAAAAAGGUUCACUCUGAGUUUUUUGACAAUCCAGCAAGGCUGCGGUCAUUCCCUGCUGCUUGUGCUCCUGUGCUGAUAUGUGGAUGUUUUCACAGAGCUUAGAUUUAUCACGUUAGACACCUAAUUCACAGUAUUAACAGUUUGAUCAAGAUUUCACUCAGUCCCAUCCUCUUGAGGUCAGUGUGUUAAUGAUUCAUUAUUGACUGGUUAUUUUCUGCACGUCAGGAACAUCUCAGGAACAGACGAGCAGGUCCAACAGGCCAUGACAUCCCUCAGGCAGACAGGAUUCAUCAACUACUACGGCAUGCAGCGUUUUGGCACCACAGCUGUGCCCACACAGCAGGUUGGAAGGUAAGUUCGUGACAUGGAGGUGCUGGCAUAAAUCAUGGCAGGAUGGUGCUUUCAGGUUUUGCUGUCACUUUUUGUUUUGGACAGAGCGAUCCUGAAAAAUGACUGGAACGAGGUGGUGGAUUUAAUUUUGAAACCCCGUCCCGGAGGUAAAUAAUUUCUCCUGCUCUCCUUUCUUUCAGCUGUAAGGUGAUUUAAAGAGCAUUUAUAAGCUGCAUUUUUCAUUUUCUUCAGCUGAGAAAGAGUUUCUGGUGCGCUGUAGGGAGGAGUGGGCGAAAACUCAGGACCCAGAGGCAGCCCUGAAAAAGCUGCCCAACAAGCGCUGCGUUGAGGGGCAGCUGCUGAGAGGCCUGGCCAUGUACGGCAAGAAGAACAUCGUCACUGCCUUUGGACUGGUUGGUUUCUUACUAACGACACUGAGAAGACUGAAGACAUUCAGAACAUAAAGAAAUGAUCCAGCUCUUAAAGCUGCUAGAAAAAAAUGGCCAAAUUUUAAAGUUGGUUGCACAAAUCCCUGUGCUUUCUAGUACAAAUUGAAUGUUGAGGAUCAAAAGGAUGCUUUCAUUUCCUUUUACUGACAGUUAAAUAUCACAUUUACUCAUAUUUAUAUCCAACCAGUCAGGUUUCUGAUGAGUUGUGUUUGUUCUUUAUUUUCAGAUCCCUCGUAACAACCGACUGAUGUACAUCCACAGCUACCAGAGCGUGGUGUGGAACACCAUGGUGAGCCGCAGAAUUGAAGCCUUCGGCCUCAAGGCGGUAGAGGGAGACCUGGUGCUGCGAGGAAGUUAGUAGCUCAUAUUUUCUCAGCUAGCUCACUGUAAAUAUUAAAGGAACAGUUUGGUGUUUUUGAUAUAGCGUGUCAACAAGUGGGUUUAAUCUCUCAGACAGUUUUCUAGCAUUAUGAUGUUGACUGUGAUGGUCCUCUGUGCUGAUGUUGUCUCUGAUGUGUCCAUGAAGCCACAGCACAUGUGCUGUCUGCAGAGGAGGCUGAGAGUCACUCCAUCCAUGACAUUGUGAUGCCUCUACCUGGGUUUGACGUCAUUUACCCCACUCAUCACGGUAGGAAGUUUCUCUGUAUCAUCUGUGUUUAACUUGAGGGGAUUGUUUCAGAAUUUUUAACACAAAUAUAUGACAGUAGAGUAUCCAUUUCUCACUGACACCCCCUUUGUUUUGCAAUUCUGCAGCAGUUCGUAUUGAAACAAAGCUCUAAAGAGAAAUUUAACUGAAGUCAGAAUGAUGGUGAUACAAAGUGAAUGUCAAUUUAAAAGAGACGCUGGGAAAAUGGGAGACUUGAAAGCACGCACUAUUUUGACUUGUAACACGUGUGUCAUUCUGUCAGUGGGGAAAGGAUACGGAGAGCUGCUCUCUGCAGACGGCUUGGACAUCAACAACAUGAGACACAAAGUGAAGGACUACUCUCUGGCUGGAGCCUACAGACGAAUCAUCAUCAGACCCAGCGACGUCAGCUGGUCAGCAGCAAACGAAAUAUUUGAAUGACUAAAUCUUACUGCAGUGGAUCACUGUUGAUGAAGCCUUUAAUGAUUUAAACCAAAUCUUAUUUAAAUACAAUAGCCGUUUUUUGUGCAGUUCUUUGAAGGCUUACUUCAUUUCUUUUGACAAAUUACUGCUUCCUGAAGUUCACUUCAGAGUCUCAGACUUUUGUCUUUUUUUUUCUUCUGUAUUUCAUGCAGGGAGGUGAUUCAGUAUGAAGACCCCAGGCUCUCAUUGGUGCACAGUGAUUUUGAGAAACUGGAGAACAAACCUGCUCCUGUCGUUAACAACGGUGAGUUCAUUUAGUGCUAAUUUUAAAAUGAGGAAAAGUUGAAAGGGUAAUCUGUAACCAAACGAUUCAGUAUAAAGAGGCAUAAAUACCUUCUUGACUAACCAGAGUAUGUUUUGACCAAAAGAGUGAAGAAAAAAGUAAACUAAGUGCUAAUGAAGCAGAGCUCCUCUGAAUCAUAAUUCAACAUAAAUAAAAAGGUCAACUCUGAGCUUAUGUUUGCUGAAAAUCAUAUUUUAAUAAUCAUAAACUUGUAAAUACAUUUUUGGAUUCCCUCUUUUAUGGUUAAUUUUCUUGUUGAAGAAAAACCUCCAAAAGUAAAUACAAGUUAAGCAGUACAUCUUGAUUUUCACACUUUCACUAACACAAUCCAUUUCUCUCCUUCCUCCAUCAGAGGGGAAGUAUCGAGCUCUUAAACUGGAGUUCUCCCUCCCUCCCUCUACCUAUGCCACCAUGGCCAUCAGGGAGGUCCUAAAGCUGGACACGAGCAUCAAGAAACAGACACAGCUCAACACGACCUGGUUUAAUUAA